GCUGGAGACUGGGUUUUCCAAGAAAUCACAGCAUGGUUGUAUAUAAACCCAACGUUAUAUCACGUCGCAGUUCUCGUCUAGCUCCCAUCACGAAAGGCGGGCUUACAGCGACGUGAUUGCUGCAUCAUGGCGGAGGUGAGCAAGAAGACGAUUGCCAAGGCAGAGAAAGAGCUGAUGAGUCCAAAGGACAUUAAGGAGGACAUGAUGUUGGUCCUCGGGCCCCACAUGAACUGGCAGGAGAUGCUGUGCCCAGCCCCUCUCUCAGUAUGUCUCCUAGGACAACUGGUUCUCGUCACGCUGGACAAGGACGUGUCUCUUUUGUCAGAACAUAUGACAAGAGAUAGAUUCAAACACACUGAGUACCCAGAGUCUCUGCGGACCAGCAUUCUGCAAGUUGCUGAUGACGGAUGGAAUGCCUUCAACCUGGCCAACAAAAACAUGGAUCAGAUACGACUGCUGACACUGCAGAUUCCUCAGCACGUCAAGAACGCUGUCAAGUACAUUGUCAAUGGAUCAGAAAUGGAAGUGAGCCACCUCGUUGCUGAAGGUCAGUAUUCUGAGAAACUCCUCAAAGCUGAAAAGGAUCAUGAGGUGAAGACAUUGAGACUACAGUCAUUAGAAGAAAGAAAGAAGCUCGCAGAAGAGGAGUACAAUGAAUUACGUAACCAGUUUAAAAAGACCCAAGAAUCAUAUCAAAAAGCCAUGGACUCUAUGCCAUCUGGUUGGAGUAUGAUCGGUAUGGACUUCGUGGAAGGGCUGGCUAAAUGCACUCUUGGAGUCUGCCAAUCGGUCACCAAUGCUGUUACAAGGAAGUCUGCAAAAAGGAAUCCUCCAAGGGAAAGAAUGGGCAGAAAAGAAGAAUACAAGGAAGGCUACUCUGCUGAUGGAACUUCCAGGACUAUCGCUUUGUGUAAAGACCCUCGUAACAAAUUUCGAUCAGAUUAUGCAAGGAACUGA